AUGAUGGAGUGGGCCAUCGAAUAUGUUACAAAGCAUUGCAAGGAAGGAUCAUAUGGAUCUCUGACAGAUAAGUUAGACCCUCUGGAGGCAUCGGAGGUCACAGUUAGUUCUGUGGCUUUGUUCAUCACUUUUUUCGCUGGCAUUUGUGCAAAUGGCUUUGUUAUCUGGGCAUUGUAUCGUCAGAAGUCCCUGCAGACAUCCAACAAUGCGCUCCUCGCCAACCUCGCAAUAAUUGAUCUCUUCAGGAGCAUCAUCGACUGCCCAUUACUCCUUAGAAUUUCACUGCAGUUUCAUGCAGAUGACGACCUGGGAAUCCUGCUCUGUUACGCACAAAUAGUGUGUUUCUCCUUCAGCUGCUGCGUGCAGCUGGUAAUUUUAGCAGGCAUCAAUGUCGAGGGGUACCAAGCGAUCACGAACCCCUUCAAAACCAGACAGCGCAGAAAACGGAUCGUGUUUUGUAUCGCAUUGAGCUGUGGCCUGUACUUCGAAGCAGGAGGGGUGUAUUUAGAACGCAUAUCUUCCUACAACAGUUUUGGAAUCUAUAUUUUGUUUCCACUUUGGUUUGGUUGUCUGGCUGUCAUUAUCAGCUUCUAUGGACGAAUAUUUGUGAUAGGGAGGACGCACCACAGAAAAAUAUUCAAUGAACUCAAUUCUCUGACAGAAGUGAAACAGAAGAAGGAUUUUUUAAGUUUUCUGCCCCCAUCAGUGCGCCUUAUGCAGCCAAGCAGAGAGUACAUGCCUGGACAUUGA